UGAUGGUAGAGAACAGAUUGGAGUCCAACAUAUAAGGUUCUAUCUUAAACCUCUAUUUUAUUAUCACCACAUUCAACAUCUUCAGUGCGCAAAUAGACCUCAAAACUUGACAAAAUGGCGACCACAGCGUCUCUUCUGCCGAUAUUCCCUCGGAUCUUCUUCGUCUAUCUAGAACCAAUUAUGAUUACGUAUGGCAUGGUUAUGAAUUAUGCCACACGUCUUCCUAUCUACGAAGCUGCCUCUGCCUCGAAUAACGCCGUUCCAAUUCCAUCCUUAGCUGCAGCAUCGAUGGGUAACAGCUACCUAUUCAACAUGAUGCUCUAUGGCCUUAUCAUCCUACUAGCCUCGCCGCCCAACAAGCGUCUCCUCCAAUUACACAUCUUAAUCCUGAUGAUCGCCGACUUCACGCAUUGGGCUGGUCUCUUCUCGACCAUUGCAGAGACCGAUCCCCGUGGAUGGGCUGCUGCUCUCGACACCACCAACUGGACCCCCGAAGUAUGGAACUUGGCGGUAUAUCCCCUUGGCACACUCUUCGUGAAGUUCGCAACAUUGGCUGGCUGGUUUGGUAAAAUCCAGGGCUAGAAUUCGGGCUGCCUAAUCUGGGUAUGCCAUGUGGAAAACUACGUACCUUGGAAAUACACAGUAUUUUUGCAUGGAACGUUAUGAGUUAUGAAGUAUUUAUUAAGACGACAACGACGCUAACAAGAUACUAUAUGCGAAAUCCAACGUCUAGAAGCUUAUGAGCAAUCAUCUUUCUCCAUGUCCAUCAGUCAACUUUUUCAUAAUAUUCGUCCCUCCUUACUGAGCACCCCCUUUCAGUCUACUCGGGGUUACCACUCGAAGCAAUAGCCGUCAUAUUCUUAUUGCCUGGCUUAAUAAUCGUCUUCUCCUUAGGCAGAUUAUCCAAGACCUCGUCGGACA